GCAAUCGAUCAAAGCACGUGAGGAAAUACACGAUUGCAGUUCAUUUCCGAUGUCACGCGUAUUGUGUGACACUUCACGCUGUGCUGACGUCAAUUUUCAAUUCUGCGAAGUUACGGAUAUUCGUUGAGGAUUAAAUUUCAGCGAAUUUAAGUCACCGCGGUUCUCACGUGCAUACAGUCAUCGUUCCACASAGUUUACUUGGCCAAAGUGGUCAAAUUUAUAUUGCAAUUUUGUUGGGGGUGUUUAUUUCAGUGAGUUGGUUGAGUUUUAGAUAUAGCUACAAAGUGAUGGUAAAGCCGUCUAGUGGCAUCGAAAGUCCAGUUGAUAUGGCUUUUAAUGAUAUUUUUGAAGUUAUUCAAGAAAUGGAGACGCCAAGCKCUGCUCAAAUCGUCCCAGGCCGUGAUACAGACACUCCUGAUAUUUACAAGUCAAGCAAUAAACUAGGUGAAGCUCAAAUCUACGACAGCGAUGUAAGCGUUCUAGUAGGGAUCAAAGCUGAGCCAAAUGACGUCAAGGUACCUUGUAUGCAUCCCAGCCAGUUUUCCGAGUGGGUUAAUAUGAGUAUUCAUGCUGAUAAAGCACGCAAUACCGACCAGUUGUUUCAACCAGACUUCUCUGCCAUCAAGUAUAUCGAAGAUACGGAAUGGGGAGAAAGGCUUAUAAAUGAAACAAAAAACUUGUUCCAGUUCCCAAGUAGUGUAACUCCAAGAGAUAUCACUCCUGACAAACCAGAUACUCACCGAAACUACACCUCUUUCCAGCUAAACGCUGAGCCUUACCUCUCGCCAGAAUUCGAGCAUUCAAGCUGGUACGAGCAGCCSUUCAUGGAGGACGAUCUCUUUUUGGCCGCUAGGUUUGAACCMACCGAAGACCUGCAGGAUGAUUCAUAUUUCUCAGAGAACAGCAGUGAUAGCGAGUCAACAAAGAAAGAUGACAUUGAUGAAAGAAUCAGCGAACAAGCGCCAAGUCCAUGGGUGAAUUCGUUUACAAUACAUUCAUCUCACAACAAAGACCCUGUCCGCACCCGCCCCGACACAAAAAAGCAAACUGUCAAGAGGUACCAAAAGUCUUUCAAGUCUUCAGGAAGACCAAGGCUUUGUCAGUUUUUACUGGAAUUACUAAACGACCCGGAAAAGUAUUCCAAUCUGAUUGAAUGGCUGGAUAAAGACAAAGGUGUCUUCAAGUUUCUAAAUUCAACACGUGUGGCUCAAGAGUGGGGUAMACGAAGAAACAAACCUAAAAUGAAGUAUGAGAACUUUGCUCGCUCCCUUCGUACUUACAUUGCCAAGGGGAUUCUCACUAAACCUCGCAGCAAGCUGGUCUAUAGGUUUUCAUCUUUAUAAACAUCGUCAAAGAUUUAAGGCUCUCGUGUGCGGACUCAAUCCUARCAGAAGUACUACAUCAUCAUCCGGAACUARUUUGAAGAACCUAUGGCUUGUCUACCGAACAUAUACGAUCGCCGCAGUGAAAUCACAGCCAAAAGACAAUCAGGAAUGAACGGAACAUUGACGACAAUUAUCACGUAAUUCGAUUUUUGAUAGUAAAACUCUUUGGUACUUCGUUUAAGUUCAAGUGAUGUGCUAUUUUCAGUUCGUUUCUUCAUAGCAGGGGAAACGUCUUCGUUUUUCAKUUUUUUCGUAUGUGUCUGUGGUUAUCACAUUCUCAGUUUUAUUGAUUUUUGUUUAUUGUAAAACCUUGUAGAGUUAUGCCAUAUAAAACAUUCAAGAGGAGUUUAAGCAUGCAGUCGCCGACAUGGCAGCUGUUCUGACAGCGCAUCACUUUCGCUUUUUUGAAAAAACAAUUGACUUAAGAACAUUUUCCGUAAUUAAUGGCAUAAAUGACACGUAGUGUAGAAAUAUUCUCUGAGUAGAUUUUCUUAUAAGUAAACUCUAUUAAUAUCGAGUGCAAGAAGAACUAGUUAUGGUGAAACUCAAUCAAUGCUUUGCUUGUCGAUGCAAAGCUCAGUAAUUUACUAUGUAAAAAGUUGUUACCGUAUUCUGACCAUGUCAGAGCAGUAAAAAAACAUAGACAGUGUGUGUUAUUUAGUAAGUGAAGAUCGUUAUUAAAAAGUUAUAUAAGCAUAA